AUGCAUCUGAAUGGAUUUGGGUUAGGCACCCAGUAUUUGCCGUUGUUCACCCAGGAACCCUGUGCCACAAGUGGUGACGAUGGAAAUGAGGAGAAUGCCAAGCGGAAAUUCCCGGUCGUCGUCUUUUCCCACGGCCUGGGCCAGUGUCGCAGUUCCUAUUCAGUCCUGUGUUCCCACCUGGCGUCCCACGGGUUUGUGGUUGCGGCAAUUGAGCACAGAGGUCUAAAUGCAAUUCACUUGAACCAAGAUUUUUGUCCUUCAUUGACGGAGCAGACGUUGAGGACGUCGCAGCUGCGCCAGCGGGCCGACGAGGUGUCGCGGUGCGUCGAGUUUCUCCGUCGGCUCAACGACGGCGUGCUCAAGCGGGACUCGUUUUAUGCCCCGAGGCCCGGGGACUCGGCCAAGUGGGGCGUGUUGCGGAGUUUGGCGGGGCGGCUGGACAUGUCCCGGCUCCUGCUCAGUGGACACUCCAUGGGCGGCGUGACGACCAUGAAGGUGCUGUCCAAGGAGAACGACUUGUUCAGGUAUAGGUGUGGGAUUGCUUUGGAUCCUUGGAUGUACGCCUUGCGAACAGAAGCUGAUGACUUGUUCCCUAAGAUUGGGAAAUCUCCUUUGUUGUGCAUCACCAUGGAAGCUUUCCAGAACCUGCCGAAUCAGAAGUGCUUGGGCAAGCUCUUGGCCCUUGCUCCAGAAGACGCCCACCGAGAGAUCAUCACCAUCAAAGGUUCGGUCCACGAAAGCCAAGCAGAUGCCCCGUUCAUGUCGAACCAGUCCGCCAUUUCGAGGAUCGUCUCGCGCUACUUGAUUGGCCCACCAUCCGUCACUGAUCAUGAGUUGAUCAUGGACAUCAAUGUUGCUCUUAUGCUCAAGUUUGCGUCGCAGUUCUUGGAGAUGGAAAAGUUUGAAGAUGCAGAAGCAGAGCUGAAGGAGAAUGAGGACCUGCUUCGCAAGGGCCUGAUCAUGGAUGUGGACCACGAGAAACCCAGGAUUAUUCACAAGCUGUGAAGUUUUCCUGCCACCAAAGAAAUCACUCUUGGAGAAUACUGUACAUCUUAUCGGAUUUGUUUCCUUAUUUUUUUGUGGUUGAUUGUGAGGGUGAACUUUUCCAUAUGUAUUUUGUACAUGUUUUUUUUUUCGUUAAGAUUUCUGGGGAAAUUAAUUCAGCGUUUUUCGUGGAAGUGACUAGUCUCCAACAGCAACUGCACAAAAAAUUGAUGUCCUUAUACUGGGAAAAAUAUGACGUUAUGUUUCGGGUUUGUGGAGAAAUUGAUAGAAACAUGCCGAAUUUCUGAUUU